CCACGCUGCCCAGAGUAUACGGUCUGUAGCACCGAAUGCACACGACGUGUCAUCGUUCUCGUGUUUAUAUUCCGGUUGUGUGACAGCGAAAACAGUGCUUGUGUCUUCAUUUGCAGAAACGUCGUCGGGAAAAGGCGCGACGCGAUGGUUGAGUGUAACAUUGCAUCGGCAAGCAGCACGUGCGCGCGAAUGUAUUUAUGAGAACGAGUUGCGAGAGACGAAACGAUUGACGCUACAGUCAUCAAUAACAGAAGGAUGUCGGAUGAUGAGAGGCAAAUUAGAAUGGCUGCUGAGGCCAUACUAAGCGGCUCCAUCAAUUCUCAAAGGAGCUCAGUUACUCAGCACAGCGUCACGAGAACACCGGAUAUCAUCCUCAGCGAGGAUCUUAUCGCAGGAGCAAGACAUAACGGCAGGAUGUCUCAUGUCAGACGUUCCUUCUGCCUUUUUGUCACCUUUGAUCUUCUUCUUACGUUCCUCAUGUGGCUUAUUUGCACAAUGAUUGCGGGCCAAAGUUUAAAAGCAGCUUUCAUAGAUCAGGUGGUUCAUUAUCAUAUAAGGACGUCCCUGUUUGAUAUUGUGAUGGCAGCGAUUUGCAGGUUCACAGUCUUGUUGCUCUUUUAUGCACUGCUGUAUAUCAAUCAUUGGAUCAUCAUAGCUAUAUCAACCGCUGCAACAUGUGUCUUUUUAAUCGGCAAGGUUUUUGUUUUUGAUUGGUCAUCGACCAAUCAACCGGUAUUUCAAGUUUUGCUGAUCAUCAUAUCUUUCGUACUAGCAUGGGCGGAGGCUUGGUUCUUCGACUUCCGCGUGAUUCCUCAGGAGAUUCAAGCGAGAAACUGGUUUCGAAAUCAUUCUGCAACCGAGAGAUCUCCACUGAUACAAGCGACUUCCGAAUCGCGGCAAAACGUCGAUCACAUGAGUACAUUUUUCACACCCAUGGAUUCUGACAAUUCCGACAACGAAGAUGAUAUCUCCGGGAAGCAAGAGGACACGAGUAGUAUGACCAUACCCAGCGAAGUGCUCAUGUGUGUAGCGGCACUCACGCCAUACGAGGUGGACGAGUACAAGACGAAGGCGUCCAAGUUGCUGCAAAGCUGCCAUGACUUGUUGAUGUCGAAAGAAUGGAAGAUCGAGACCAUCACAACCGAGGGCGAUGUCGUGUCCUACAUGCAGAUACCCAAGUUGGACGGAAGAAUCGUCAAGAUUACCGGCGUCGUUGACGCGCCUGCCAGCACGCUAGUCGAUUGGCUGUUCGAAGGAAUCGAGGAACAAGCUUCGUGGAACAAGCUCGUAAUGGAAUCGGUGAAACUGCAGAACAUCGACGAAAACACGGAUAUCGUUUACCAGUCGACGAACCCGCAAGGCGGCGGGCUCAUCACGGCGCGGGAUUUCAUUAUCUUGCGGCACCGUAACAAAUACGGCAAUUUUUACAUCAGCAGCGGCAUAUCCAUCCCCGCGACGGCGAUCCCGAAUCGCAAGCACAUGAUCAGGGGCGAGAACGGCGUGAGCUGUUGGGCAGCGGAGGAAUUAUCCGACGAGAACAGCAACAAGUGUCGCUUCACAUGGAUCUUGAACACGAACCUGAAGGGCUGGAUACCGCAGAAAGUGGUGGACAGAUCGCUAUCCAUAGCUCUGAUAGAUUUCAUGACAUAUUUGAGGAAACGCCUGGACGAGUCGGAAAAGUGAGCCCGAUACGACGUCGCUCAUAGAGUCGAUACACAUACCGGGAUUGUUGUUGUCCUUCGUCGGACUACUAUGUAAGAGAGAAACAUUCGGCGAACGCGCGUAAUGCGUCUGAUAUUUCGCGUACGAUCGCUAGAGAAACAUAAUUGAGAAAUCUAACGAAAAACGCACUCUUUGAGAGGUCAACAGAGUGCGGGCAUUUCUUUCCUGGCCUUUUUUUUCGCCUUUUUUUCUCUAAAUAUAAUUUAGCCUGGUGAUCGAUUAUACGAGAGGUCAGCUCUGAGCGAGAGCAUUUAAAGAUAUCAUGUGAGAUAUGACAAGUCCGCAUUCAUACGUCGUGAAAGGAAGACGCGUGAAUCGGUCGCGAUUUUAUGAUUUGUAUAAAAACUAUAAGAAAGUAUAUUUACAUUUCUAUUUACAUUCGCCUAAGAGAAUCAUUCUUGUCAAUUUUUUUAGUUCUGUAGAAUUCUCAUGGAUUAUCGUCACGUGCAGAUAUCGCGUUUGUAGGUCGCGGUCAAAAAAAAAGAUGCCGUUGCGUCAAUAGAAUUGACCAACUGCGCCAUAAUCAGAGUAAAUCUUCUUGAGUCAGCAGCAAUAUUAUUGACGUUGAUGCGUCAUAUAUUGUUUUGAUAAUUCCAAUGUUAGUCUCGUGUAGUAUCGUUACUAUAUAUUGCUAUAAUCUUUGUGAAACAAAAAAAUUUGCUCCAAUCAUGAUCUAUUGAUUGAUCAAUUCUAUCGACACGAAAAUGACAUUUUUUUUCGCCUGACACAGCGUCGUUGCUGAAGUCACACGCUGUGUCUCUCAUGUGAUCUCCGUCUCCCGCGUGGCAAGCGUCUCACGUCUAACUCUUCUCGAUAUAUACCGAUACAUACUCAGUCCUUCAUAAAUCAUCAUGAUUCUGUUUUAUUGUAUCUACGUUCUUCAUCUUACCUCUAACCGCGCCGUGCGUGGUGGCGUGGGAGACAGGAUACUAUAAUUCCGUUACAAUCGUUAUCUUCUCUAUACGAGACGUGUCGUGUAAUAGUUGUAAGGCUAUGUAUUACGUGCUUUUUAUAAGUGCCUACGAAUGUCUCGGUUAAGUGCGCCGGUCGGUAUCUUUCGACGUGUAUCGGAGAGAUGUACUCAUACACGUAGCGUACGCAUAUAACCAAACGAAAGAAGUCUCUCUUGAUACUUAGAGGAUAAGGAACGAGAUUUUAUGCGAUACUUGUGUAUAUAAACAUACGGUAGCGCGCCGAUUCGCGAUCAAAGAACUUUUCGCCCCUUCGAUCGCGCGAAUUCUAGUGAACUUGAUUCUGUGUACAUAUAUGAGGCAUAGGGAUGAAUCGAGAUAAAGGGACGUCUCUUCUCGCUCUUUUCUGGCGGUGCGUUCUAAGACGUUAGAUAAUCACUCGUGAGGCUCGGUUAAUUUUGUACAAUCGAUCAUGCAUCAGACGCACAUUAUUGCGUGGAACUUUUAUACGUUGCAUAUACGGACGCGUCUUUCUCCCUCCUAAGCUCUUUUUCUUUUUUCUGAGAUUUCUCACGAGUACGCGUUAAUCGCCGACAGACUUUCUCCGAGCAGAGCUAAUUCGUUCGGUACGAAUCAUCGGCGCGAAAAUGCGUUCGCGCGAUAUGACGAGGAGAGCGGCGAUGCACCGCGUGUCCUUGCACCGCUGGUUGUUGCACUCUUCAAUGAUAUGAUAUGCUUUCGGUGCGCGUGCACGGAGAAGAAACAAAGAGUAUUUUUAUGAGCACAGUUCCAGGCACGUAAGAAAUCUGUCUGUGCGAACGGCGGCGUGUUAUCAGAGAACACGUUCGUUGACUGAUCGACGUUACGCAAUUUUGUUGCCAAGUACGUGAUAACAGGGAGGGAAAGAAGAGGAGAGGAACUUGAGAGAGCGGACGAGCGAGCGAGCGAGCGAGCGAGCGAGCGAAUGAGUAAUAACAAUGUUGCGUGUAAGAAGGAAGAGAGUAGUUUUACGCGAUUACGACGCUGUGCGAUAGCGUUGAUCUUUAUUGACGCUUCGUUAAAAGUAGCGCGCCCUCAUCUCGUCGGGGAAUAUAGACUCAAAUUGCAAGAGAGGCCGGCCUAUUCUGCCGCACGAGGUAACGCGCGUCCAAUUUGAAACGUUCAAGCGACGCUCCAACGAUCUAAUGUGACUCGUCGAGUAGUGAUACACUUUGCGCAUUUUCUUGUCAGUCACCGAGCCGACGCGUCGCGUGUGUAUGUACAUAUUGUCGAAUUAAAUGUAUCAAUACGUAAGGGAAUUUAUCGACGAAGACCAGAGUGUCGCGCAGUUCGUUAUCUUUAAGCUACUCGAUGUACAAUAAUAGGCGAAUUCGUUUGCGAAGAACCUCUCGACCAGUGCAAUAAGUGCUGAAGUGAAGCGAGUUUUGCAUUCUUCCGCUCUAACUUGUUGCAUCGGUGUGCACGAAUUCGGGAGAGAAGGUCUCUUCGACAACGAACAGACCUAGUGCGUUAUUAAUAUUAUCCUCGGUUUUUAUACGGAGUGUGUUUCUCCGGCACACGUGUGUCCGUGUAAUCGAGCGACAGCUCCUCCCGUUUGGUAGAUUUUCAGGACGACGUCGUUCAGAAGACUGUUAAUACGUUUGAUUGACGCGACGGUCACCACCGAGUGAACGCGACGGAGCGUGCACGUGUUAGAACAUGCUAUAGAAAGAAAGAAAAAAAAAAAAAAACAAAAAUAGGAAACAAUGAGGAAAAUGACAGUGAAGAGCAGAAGCUCGUGCAGCGAUAAAGCUUUUGUUUUGUACGUUCGUAUAUCGUGUGACAAAGUUUCCCAUCGCAUUUAUCCGACGUUUUUACCAUUUCGCAUCACUUCAGUGCAAUACACUCCGGCCGCUAUCCGGAGAUGGUCCGCACGGCUGUGUGCUAAAUAGAUCAACGGUAUCUAUGAUAGGUAGAAUAUAAAAGAGAGAGAGAGAGAGAGAGAGAGAGAGAGAGAGAGAACACAUCACAGGAUAUAUAUUAUAUAUACGUAUACAAUAUAAGAGGAUAGACGAUUUUAUAAAUCCGGCCUGAUUCGGAUGUAAAGGUAAACGCGCUAGCUGAGUGUAGACGAAUAAAGACGCAGAGCAAGA